AUGGCCGGUUCUCAAGAUACUCUAGGCGUGGAGGAUUUGUCAAUCACUGACACGGAUCUUUGCCAUGCAGAGUUGUCUGGCUGCAGUGACGUAAAUCUCUCGGACAUUUCAGACGAGUUGGAGUCCGUGAUCUCACCGUGCAGCUUGGAAUCGGGUUUUUGUUCUCGGGAAUCUCUCGAUUUUGAUUUGUCUGACGCGCAGCUGGAGAGUUCGAUCCUGGAAUCAGACGUCCAUAGCUCAGAGUUAUUCCGGCACCGUAAGGGAUUAGAGAAGAGGCGGCAUCCUAAGGACAGCAUGGAACAUCAAACACAGAUCACAAUUCCGAACCGGAAGAAGCUAGUGAAAUGGCUUUCGUAUCUGAACUACUUGUUCGAGUAUUCCCAAGAAACCAUUUUCUUGGCCGUCAAUAUCCUGGAUCGCUAUUUACAGACGACACAAGUUUCAAGAAAGACUUUCCAACUUGUCGGAGUUGCCGCAUUUCUCAUCGCUGCAAAACACGAGGAAGUCGAACUCCCAGAAAUCAACGCGUUGAUUUACGCAUGCGGCCAAAUUUUUGGCCGUUAUCAGAUAAUAGAAAUGGAGAAACACAUCCUGGUGUCUUUAGAUUUCGAGUUGUUUGCUUCGACGGCUUCAUUUUUCCUUGAGUAUUUCGCCCGUUGUGAAAUGGCCGCAAAAAAGGGUACGGAGGAUGCCGGGUUUAAGAAUGCCCAUCGACUUGCCCGCUACUAUACAGAGCUGUCUCUCCAGGAUUACAAGCUAUGUCAGUAUUUACCCUCGAUGGUGGCCCUGUGUGCCUGGAAGUCUGCGGUACGACGCUGCACAUGCCUACCCAAGUACGAAUGCUGUCACUACUGGGAAAAGCAAUUCGACCAAGUGGUGUACAACAGUUGCCAUGCAGACUUUGUUUUGUUUACUUUGUUAAAGUGUAGUCUCUCAGAAGACUAUUUUGUUGAAAACACAUGUGAGUAUGAAGAUCGGUAUAGGUAA